UGGAAGUCCGAGAGUUCCGACUUCCCAGAUCCUUGAUGGUUUGAAACCAGCAUUAUUAGGGGUGUUUUCACAUAUUCAUUAUUGAUCUCUUCACAGGUGGUGAGGAUUCUAUACCACCUACGAAAUGAUUAGGAGCUUCAGGAUUAGAAAAUGCCUUCUAACCACUGUUCUAAUAUGCAUCACUACCAUCAUUGUGUUUUAUUCUGGACAGCAAUCCUCCAAUUCAUUUGUGGAUUUUAUAAGAAAUGCCCUUCGGCCGCUGGACGGAAUCUUCUCUCCACCGCCGGACAACGACCCAUGGUUUCAGAAGCGCUUCAUCAGAUCUAUCAAACCAUUUCUGACGAGAGAGAACAAGAAACUAUCCGAUGAUGCCAGAACGUGGUGGCGGGAAAUCCAGAAUGACAGUAGCACAGCCAAAUUCAGCGACGUGGUGGAGAAGUUGUUCCAGGUCAUCCCUGAUGCUGACCUCCACAUGGACGCGGGCCGUGAGCGCCAUGGAAGCUGUGCUGUGGUGGGGAACUCUGGGAACCUCAAGGGUUCCUACUACGGAGCCCUCAUAGACUCCAGUGACGUCGUCAUAAGAAUGAACAAGGCUCCUACCUCUGGCUAUGAGGAGGAUGUUGGGACACGGACCACGUAUCACGUCAUGUACCCAGAGAGUGCAAUAGAUCUGGACAAAGCCACUAGGUUCCUGUUGAUCCCUUUCAAGACUCUGGACCUUCAGUGGCUACCAGGCGCCAUGACCACUGGGUCUAACAUCACUUUGUCAUAUUUACCACUUAGACAGAAGAUAAAGGCCAACAAAGAUUUGGUAUUGGUUCUGAAUCCUGUGUUCAUGAAAUAUGUUCAUGAAACCUGGCUUGACUAUCAGGGCAAAUACCCCUCUACUGGAUUCAUGGCUUUGAUAUUAUCCCUACACAUCUGUGACAAGGUGAAUGUGUAUGGAUUUGGGAAAGACAAAGCUGGGAACUGGCACCACUACUGGGAAACCUUAGUGGAUAAAAAUCUCCAAACUGGAAUACACGAUGGAAACUACGAGUACAACGUCACCAUGAGGCUCUCGGAAAUACACAAACUACAGCUAUUUAAGGGAUUUAGUUUAUAAUUCAUAAUGUCCCUUACAGCUGUAUAUACACUAUAAAGAGCUUUUUAUUAAAGCGGAUUAAUCAAA